UUUCGCCGGCGAUGGUUGUCCUGAUGUUUCUCUCGGGUUGCACAUUUCCAACGCGGGUUUGGUAAAAUAGGGUGACCAGAACCGUUCCAUUGUGGGUAAGCCGUUCAUGUGUCCAAAGGUGAAUGCCUAGAAAUAUAUCACGAAUCGGUUGUUAGUAAUGGAGCAGAUACACGAGGAAAGGAAAAUUAAUAUAAAUGAAAAAUAAGUGACGAUAAUGAUUAAAUGUGAGUGUUUUAUGAACUUGUUAAUUUGAUGAGAAAGUGAAGUGUACAUAGAUGUGUAUUUGCUGGUUGUAUAAAGUGCUACUCCACGGAAUAUCCGUUGCGAAACAAUCGCUCAUGAAUUUGUGCUUCGCCGAGUGUCACAUAACUUCCCUCUCAGCAGGCCGUUCAAAUUUUUUGAUUUUUGAUCGCUUGUUGAACGAUAUAUUGCACGAAAUAUUCGUUCAAUUUGCUGGAACGGUUUGUUGUUGUUUUUUCUCUUGCAAAAAUAGUGUGAAAAUUAAGUUUUACCUUUACAUAGAAAGAAAAUUUGUUGUUAUUCUACGUGAAGUAGAAGUAUUGUGCAGUGCCCUAGGCAUAAUCAUAAUGGAUGAAAACAAUCAGUGCGAAGUACCAGCUCAUUCCCUCAUGCACCCAAGAUGAAUAAGUACGAAGCUACAUUUACGGAUUAGUAGUGAAAGUCGGCUUACUCCAAUGUGUAAAGUGAUUUCUGUUAUCAAAUCAAAAUGUAAAUAAGUUAUUUAAAAGAAUUCACCAAGAUCUAAUAAAUAUUGUUAAAUUAUAACUAUAAAUGUGCAGCGAAGCCCCCCACUGCCGGAAUGUGGAUUCUUGUUAUGUGUCAAAUUCAAAUUGUUAAGAACUCAGUGUGUUGUUAGUGCUAUUGUAAUUAAAUUGGAUAUACUUAAGAAAAUCUAGCUCCAGAGAAAGCCAACGGAGAUAAUCAUCAUCCCUUUCCGCUGCUUCGUCAAUGAGCUUUCCAGAUCGUAUAACUGAAGCUAUGAAAAAAGGUCAAAUUUCUACGGGAGAAGCUAAUACGUAACGAAUACGUCGUCGGUGUUACAUAAAAAAAUAUCCAGCAUCCAUCCGGCUGGCUCAUCAAUCUUUUAGCGACAUUGGAUAUCGCAUGUGUUGUGUUGGUGUCUAGUGUUUCCUGGCCGCCCAAGGUUAGUAGUAGUAGUCGACAAGUGGAUUUCGUUGGCACAGUGUAUCUCAUCCGUGAAAGCAGGCAGCGUCCGCUGUGAUCGACUCGGAGCAUAAAGGAAAAAUGUUAACUUGAUGUGAUAAUUUAUGGCUACUUGCUGUGAUAGGCAUAAGUGAUUUGUAGUGGUGUAUUAUAUAGUAGUGGUACUUCUUUUUUGUGUGUGAUUGAUUCGAACGGAAGCGAAUCACAGAAUGAGUGAAACGGUGGAGCUGGAGCGAUUGAUCAACUGCACACAAGCCACGCUUCAGCGCUAUCCGUGGUCUUCCGAGUUCAAUCAGACCGUGAUUGGACAGCUUAACCGAACGGAGAUUCUGGAUGUUCUGGGCGAGAUGGUAACGCGGGGAAGGGGCCACUCGUCCGCUAGCGGCGAAUCGCUGACGUUGAGAGAAUUCAUUACCGAGUGUUUGUUUCCGACAACCAAAAGCCCCUUCGAGCUGCCCUGGCAACAGAAGAUGGCCUGGGGUGUGGUGUUCGGAGCGAUGCUGCUGGUGGCCAUCACCGGGAACUGUAUCGUGCUGUGGAUCGUUUUGGCCCACCGCCGGAUGCGAACCGUGACGAACUACUUCCUGCUGAAUCUGAGUGUCGCCGAUCUGCUCAUGUCAUCACUCAACUGCUCGUUCAAUUUCAUCUUCAUGCUCAACUCGGACUGGCCGUUCGGGGCGGUCUACUGUACCAUCAACAACUUUAUGGCCAACAUGUCAGUGGCAUCGUCCGUGUUCACCCUGGUCGCCAUCUCGCUGGAUCGAUACAUUGCAAUUGUGCAUCCCCUGCGGCAUCGGACUUCCCGGAAGAAGGCUCGCCUUUUCCUGCUCAUCAUCUGGGCCCUGAGUUGUGUGCUGGCCACUCCCUGUCUGAUGUACUCGACUGUGAUGACGAAACGUUACAACAAUGGCAACACCAGAACCGUAUGCUACAUGCUGUGGCCAGAUGGACGGUAUCCGACUUCUAUGGCAGAUUACAUCUACAAUCUGGUGUUCCUGGUGCUGACCUACGGCAUCCCGAUGCUGAUCAUGAUCGUGUGCUACUCGCUGAUGGGUCGAGAACUGUGGGGCAGCCGUUCGAUAGGAGAACACACCGAACGGCAGCUGGAAUCGAUGAAAUCCAAGAAAAAGGUGGUUCGUAUGUUCAUCAUCGUGGUUACCAUUUUCGCCAUCUGUUGGUUGCCGUAUCACCUGUUUUUCGUGUACGCCUAUCACAACAACCAGAUGACGUCUUCCAGCUACGUACAGCAGCUUUAUUUGGGCUUCUACUGGCUGGCGAUGUCGAACGCGAUGGUCAAUCCCAUCAUCUACUACUGGAUGAACAGCAGAUUCCGAGUGUACUUUCAGGAAAUCAUCUGCUUCUGCUGUCUGCAGUUCAUCAACAGCCGCAUCAAGACCGUCGGCCCUCAGGGAGUGCUGCUCAACAAAAACUCCAACAACUCGGAACUUGGUCGAUGCCGGUCCUAUCGGCAUCGGUCGUUUUCGGUCCGAUGGCGGCCUCAGUACCACAGCGCCGAAGAGUUCCGGAUGCGGGUUGGUGCCGAUCCGACGCAACUGCGGAACCACCAUCUUCAUCCGCACCACAAUCAUCAUCAUCUGGGAACCGGAGGAGGUACCGGUGCGGGCUGCCGCUCGGUACUAAGUGUGGUCAACGUGCUGGAUAAUGGCAAUAAAAGCCAGCAGCAGCAACAGCAGCAGUUCGAUCCGACGGCAGCACCCGGAAUGGUAGCCGACAUUACCGAGCUGCAGGCACUGAACUUUAUACCUCGCUUAUCGUCGAGCUGUUCGCAGGAUCUGGCCUCCCAUGCCGGUAGCUGCAGCAACAGCCGACUACGGGGGGAGCACUCAUCCAGCAGUCAGGCCAGCCACGAGUACUCCUGACAUCCACAGUACGACUAGGCAGAGGGCGGACCAUGAGAGUCAGCCGAACCAUGGGGUGGUAAUUCGAUGGGUGCUCUAGGAUAAGGAUUCAGUAGAUAAUUUAGAACACAUUCCGUUGGUUGUGCAUAGUUUCAAGUCAACUGUUGAAGAGGCGAACAAAACAAACAAAAAUAAAAACUAAAUGUUUAAUACUCAGAUGGAUUGUUUUCCGAGUUUGUUCGGUGGAUAGACAAGUCAUAAAAUUGCUGAUAGCUUUCCGGAAUUUACAUACUUUCGAUUGAGUAAGGCACCUAGUCCUGGAAUUGUUACCAAAUGCUAUUUAAUUCAUAUUUUUAUUAUAAUUUCAACUAGACUAAAUUUCUCUAACAGCAAUUUUCAUCAACGUCCAAUCAGUACGAAAAUUUUAACCACAACUAGUUAGGAAAAUGAGAAGAAAUGUGGUUCUAAUAUGUGAUGUAAACUCGUUCUUCUAAGCACAGUACAAAUAUGGAUAAUGCAGCAGCAGCAGCUUUCGUUGAACGAAAGAGAAAUGCUUUCUUCGAGUGCUGGAGCAAAGGGUGGCGCCACCGUCGAAUAGUUUCCGGUGGUAGAUUGAAAUAUUUGAUCAAUUUGUUCUGAAACCGAGUUAAUAAUUUUAAUACUCGAACUUGCUCAUACUCUCAUUACUUUAGCCUCGAUUACGUACGAAUUUCCCUCCUCCGGAAACUAGAAUAAUUAAAAUCGGAUAUAGUGCAUGUAGUGCAUCGAACUUAAACACGAUCCAUGGAAGUCCCGUUCCGAAUUGUGUACAAUGGAGAUAAUGUAGCAGAGUCAAGACUAGGCAGCAGAUGUAGCUUGUUGAUUUAGCACAUGAAAAAACGAAACUAUUUUCUUAUAGAAGCUAAGUGAAAAGAUAUGUGAAAAAGAAAAUAUGUUCCU